AUGCCUAUAUAUACAGUAAUACAAUCGAAACCCAUCCAUGACGUCGCUGACGCCAAAGAAAGCAUAGAAGAUUAUUUAGUUAUCUCCGAAGCAUCGUUUCUCCCAGGAUUUUGGAAUUUCGUGAAAGAUUCGGUGAUUGUGAAGAAGGAAACCAACAAGAUCACUUUAACAACUGAGUGA